AAUACACACAAAAAAUGAGACAAUUAAUUAAUAUUUUAACCAAAAAAAAAUAUCAUCUAUCGUUUAUUAUGACGACAACAACGUUUAGUAUCUAUUAUUGUUAUAAUCAUUGUCGACAUCAUCGUCACCGACACAGUGGCCGGACUGUCGACGGCAACGUCCCAUCAAUUGUCACAUCUAUUACCCCAUCAUUUUAUAGACCACUACCACUAUCACUACCUUCAGCACUAUCAUCAGCACAACAUUGGUUGGUUGGCAUGAAAACGGCUUAUUUGGACUCUGCGGACGACAUCCAGGAGCUGCACGACUAUGCUCUGCACAAGUUUGUCGAAGUCUAUUUACAAAGUGGUGGACACGGAACGGGAUGUAUUGUCGAGCACAGCAACUAUCCGUUUGUCGUAACCAAUCAUCAUGUAGUGAAAGACGAAUGGGUAGUAUCGCUGGGCUUUCUGGAUGAUACCGGUGCCGAUAGGUAUGCGUGCGGACAAGUCAUAUACGCCGAUCAUCUGCAAGACAUGGCGCUGAUAUCGUUUGAUGCCGACAAUACCGGUGCCGAAGCGCUUCCGAUUGCCGAGUCGGGCGUCGAUUUUGGCGAACCAGUUAUGUCCCUGGGUUUUCAUCGGUCCUAUCCUGUCUACAACAUGGGCUACGGUAUGGUCACCUGUCCUAGUAAUACACCACAACGAGGACAGUCGACUUUCGGCGAAGUAUACUUUGUAACGGCCAAUGCCGACACACCGGUAACCCAGAGUACAGCUGCACAGUAUAGAGGCUAUUCUGGUGGUCCGCUCAUCGAUGACAGCGGUCAGUUGGUUGGCAUUAAUUUUAUGUCACUGUCCUCUACACUGCAUUACGCUAUGCCGGCCAACGAUAUUGAAAAGUUUAUCAAAACGGCAUUUGAAUGCAGUGUUAGACAAUAUAAACGCCGAAUACCUGAACACUCCAUCAGAUUAGGACUGUGCCUGAAAUAUGACCGACAAUUGAUGGGCUGUCAAGUGGUGGCAAAGUUUGCCGAAACUAAUGCAAAUAACAAACUUAAUAUCAACGAUAUUGUGGUUGAAAUUAAUGGACAAAAAAUUCAAUCGCUUAAUGAUUUCAAACGGGAGCUAUCAAACAAAUUAACUGGUAAUAGUGUGGACAUACCUAUUAUGGUUGUACAGCAGGUAUCGGGUGGACAACAAUCACAACCACAACCAGUUAUUAUACAAAUACAACAACAAUCGGCCGGUCUAUCAUUUGUAUGA